GCUCAGCCAAUCGCUACAGGACAGGUACAAGGAAGCGGAAGUGUGGAAGGCGAGUGAUGAAACUUUGUGUAAUACGACAUAAAUAAAAACGUCGGCCUGUCAGUGUGUGACCAUUACAGAACGAGGAUGAAGAUGUCACCUGUGCUUGUAGGAGCCUUCAUGGGUCUGCUGGCCGUUCUACAGAUAUCUGGGGUCAAGGGCUGGAGCCAACAUGAUAAAGUCCUUCUAAGGGAGCUUCAGGCUAUAACACUGCAUACAGACAGAUACACCAACGCACGACGCUCAUCCCCUAUUCCACAGUUGAAAUGUGUUGGGGGCAGCGCUGGAUGUAGCGCUUUGAUCCCAGAGGUUGUUCAGUGCUAUAACAAAGGAUGGGAUGGCAUCGAUGUCCAGUGGGAGUGUAAGGUGGACAUGGACAAUGCUUACCGAUUUGGAAAAGUUGAAGUGAGCUGUGAGGGCUUUGACUAUCCCGAUGAUCCAUAUGUCCUGCGCGGUUCGUGUGGCUUGGAAUACACACUAGAACUUACAGAAGAAGGACGGAGGAAAUCUCAGCAUGGCAACAGUUUUGGUGGCUUUGGCAACUUUGGCUCGGGGUACUCAAAAAGCAGGAAUGGACAGUCGCCCUAUGAUGGAAGUGGAGUAAUUGUAUUUCUGGUACUGCUGUGUCUGGCUUAUGGAGUGUACAAGCUAUUCUUGAGUGGACCUUCUAUGCAGGAACAGCAACAUCCUCCUAAUUAUGAUGGACAUGAUAACCAGCAUUACAGCCAUGCUAGCGCACCUCCUCCACCACCUGGUUUUAAGUCCGAUUAUACAGGAGGGAGUACUUCAGGAUUUGGUGAUUUUGGUAAUACGGCUUCCUAUGGACGUCAUGCAAAUCAAAGACCUGGUUUUUGGACUGGUUUGGGAACUGGUGGCGUACUAGGAUACCUGUUUGGCAGUCGGACUUCACAGCCUCACUAUACAGCUCAUUCACCUUAUCACAACACAUGGAGUACACCCUCUUUCUCUGGGUCCUCAUACAGCCCUCCACACAGCUCUGGUGUGAGAACAGCAUCAGGUUUCGGGGGAACAAAAAGAAGAUAAGAGAUGCUAUGUAUAGAGAACAUCAGUGGAAAGAAACUCGAUGGUCCACCCCCUAGUGGAGAUUAGAAAUAUAUAAAAUAAAUGUGUGGACAGUUAAUAUUACUUGUUCAUGUAUAGGUCUGGUUGGAUGAUUUUGGUUUCUCAUUUCUACUUCAAUGUUUCUAAAUGUGAUUCUGUACUGUGAAAUCCUUAUAUAUCCAUAAACUGUAAUAGUCAUA